CCACUAGCAGCGAAGUUGCCUCCAUCCGCGUUAUUGUCCUUCGUUUAUUCUAUAAAACCAACGCAAAGAUAUCCUUAAACCAUCAAAAUAUUCCAACACAGUUUCAGUCAGUGAAAUAAGUGCACGUUUCACGACCUUUCAAGAAAAACUUCCAACAUUUGCUCAAACAUACCUUAAAGGCACAUAUGGCUAACAAUUUUUCGGAUAGCUAUGAAACAAUAAACAACGCAGUAAAAUCAAACAGGACAAAAUCUCCCAACAAAACCAAGCGUUCACUAAUCGGAAGAAUGAUGGGAAGUGUAACAGGUUAUUGGAAUGGCAAAACUUUGGAUAGCUUUCAAAAAACAGUAGAUAACGCAGGAAAAACUAGUCAUAAGGUACCACAAAGAUCCAAAGGUACUAGCUUUGCUUCCCGUGUCAGCUCAUAUUUUAAUUAUAAGUACUCUAAUUCUAAAGACAAGAACUCAACUUCCGCACAAGAAUACAAAGGUACUAGCUUUACUUCCCGGGUAAGCUCAUAUUUUAAUUAUAAGUACUCUAAUUCUAAAGACAAGGACUCAACUUCCGCACAAGGAUACAAAGGUACUAGCUUUACUUCCCGUGUAAGCUCAUAUUUUAAUUAUAAGUACUCUAAUUCUAAAGACAAGGACCCAACUUCUGGUGUGUCAAGCUUUGUUGAUGGAGUAGAUGAACCUAUCUAUACAGAGGGGAUGUCAUAUUUUAGUAAGAAGAGACUUUCGAAGAAAUCGAAGAAAGGUGGAGAAAAGGAAAAAAAUUGAAAUGAGAGUCUCCCAUAUUUCAAUUGAAGGGACGUGUUAUUAUAAAAAUGCUCUUUAUAAUAUAGAUUGAACGUGGAUUGAAGACACUACGUCUCUUGUAUUUAUGUUAUCUUUGUUUUUGAUUUGCUAUCAGAUUUUCUUUAAUAAAAUUAUCAUUCAUGUAAAAAGAAAAAAGUAUUCAACCAAGGAUUUGGAGUGAUUAAAUAAAUUAUUUAAAUCAUUUUCAUGUGUACUCUUAAGUUAUACAUAUAUUAAUCAUAAAUGUUUAUCAUUUACUUUUA